AUGAACAUCCAGGCUGUACUCGAUGGAGAGAUCAUAGUCGCGGGUGACCAGGGCAUUUCAAAUUUUGGUGACUUGCAAAACUGGCGAAGUGAAGCUGACGGGAAUCUUCAAUUUUAUGUAUUUGACAUGUUGUGGCUGAAUGGGCGAUCGUUGAUGGAAUUGCCGUUAAGUGAACGACAGGCAUUACUCGCGGCCAGCCUGCCUGAGCACCCGUUGAUACAUAUCAGCCAGAUCUUUGAUGCGGGCGGAGAUGAAUUUUUUGAUGCCGCCCGGAAAACAGGAUUGGAAGGAAUUAUGGCAAAAAAGACGGAUUCACAUUAUACGCCGGGGAUAAGGACGAAAGAGUGGGUUAAAAUAAAAGUUGCCAAACGACAUGAGGUGGUUAUCGGUGGGUACACACAAAAUGAAGGGAGUUCGAAAACAUUCAGUUCACUUUUGGUGGGAGUAUUUGAAGGCAAAAAACUGAGAUACACAGGUAAGAUCGGCACCGGGUUUUCCGAUAGUUUACAGAAAGAAAUGAUGCAGCAGUUUAAGAAACUUGUCCAAAAAGAAAGCCCUUUCGAUGCAGAACCCGAUGUAAAUAAACCUUCGCGGUUCAGGCCUGAUCCUCCGAAAGCAAAAGCAACCUGGCUUAAACCAAAACUCGUAUGCGAAGUGUCCUAUACCGAGAUGACUUCAGAUGGUGUGAUGCGUCACCCCUCUUUUGAAGGAAUGCGUAUUGAUAAAAAAGCUGUCGAUGUGAAAGAAGAAAAAGCAGCAUCCCCCGAAGACGUUAUUGAAGAUAGCCCGUUGCACAAGAAGAAGAUGCUGAGAAAGAGUUCGGAUAAAGAAAGAAAAACCCUGUUGAAUCCUGGUGAUGAAACACAGGAACGGAAAGUAAAUGGUCAUUCCCUAAAGUUUACUAACCUGAGCAAGAUAUACUGGCCGAAGGAAAAAUUUACUAAACGCGAUCUCAUCAACUACUAUUACCGCGUUGCAGAAUACAUGCUCCCGUAUUUAAAGGAUCGACCACAGUCACUCAACCGGCAUCCAAAUGGUAUCAAUGGUAAAAGUUUCUAUCAAAAGGAUGUUACAGUGUUGUGA